ACUUGUUCACGUGACUUACAAAACAAGUCGACACCAAUGUGGGACAAAAAAUGUAAACAUUUGUGUUUAAAGCAUACUAUAGCUUGAAUUAUUGAUUUGAAGAUGGCAUCGUCAAACGGAGAUCACCUUCAAUGCGAAGAGUGCGGUGUUGCUUUAUCGCGCGCAUUCUCUUUAAAUCGGCACAUGCAGCUUCAUACUGGAACCACCUACGUGUGCGAUUGUCCAGGGUGCGGAAAAACAUUCAAUUUGUCACAUUCACUGCAGCGUCACACCCGUUCCAACACCGAUAGUCCAAAAGUUUGUUGGAAGCGUGGGAAGGUGUUCACUACGACGUUUGGCUAAACAAGCAUGAAAAUGAGCUUCACAUAGGCAAGGCAACGAACUAUUCGUGUAAACUGUGUGCGAAGCCAUGUCAGUCAAUAUACGCUCUUCAACAAUAUUUAAGUACACAUUCUGAUCAAAAAUAAUACCUAUAAAAUAUUUUCAGAGUCGUCCAAAACCUCAUGAAUACUUCGAAUGCACAAAUGCGGCCUUCCGGACCAUGGAGAAGGAAAGCAUGCCUGUGCAACAUGCACCAAAACGUUUAAGACAAGAAUGCUAUUGAAACAGCACUUGAAUAAACAGGAUGUUCCGAAAUGUUCUUUCCACGUCCGUUGAAAAAUGUUUAAAUGGAAGCAUUGCAUGAACAAUUAUAUUUAGGAAUGUGUUGUGGCAAAAAAAUCAAGAGUUAUUCUAACAUCCUUUGUUGUAAAACUACAACUUUUGCCAAUCUUACACUCUGAUUAUUUUAUUGUUUGAAUUCCUGCAUUAAAGUUGAGUACUGCUGUCAGUUUUUGUUUUUGUUUAAUUCGCGAAAUUUCUAUUCAACUAAAAUCACGACGUUUUCUUAAAUUAAUGUGAGCUUUAUCGGCUGUAAUGUCUGUUAUAUAUUUUUCAGUAACAUAAUUUUAGACGAAUCACCAGGAUUUAUAUUUUACUGAAAUGAAGCAGCUAAAAAGUAUGAACGGCGUUCACAAACACAAUGAGCAUUUUAAAAUGUUAAACAAUUGAUCUUGAAAUGUGUGAACUCCGUCAAUAUGGGAAUCUUUCAAAGAUGUAAUCAGAGGUCAUAAAUUGCUUUACGCAUUUAUUUAUACACAUAUCCGAAAAGAAAUCCUAUUAGAUAAAUGGUACCUAUUUGAUAAUUACGUUGCCGUGUUUAAGUGUUCAAGAGUGUUUUAUAGCUUAACACGUUCCUAUAAAGCAAAAUUUCUGCCGCAAUAUAAAUUGUAAUUAUCAGCUACAACAGGAUUUCUAUUGGAUUGCGUCAGAUGCCUUGCAGCCGCGGAACAAAAUAAUGCGAAUCUUCUAUUGGAAAGGAAAGCACCAUACGCCACUUCGCAUUUGUGGAGCUUGUUUAAAGAGUACUAUUUGUGUUUAUUGGCAUAUUUGAGAAGGAAUUAAAACUUUCUUCUAUUGAAAUAAGACUUGAAACAAAACCCUCUUGGGAUAAACAGCGCACCACUACGUGGUAAAAUGAAAAAUACCAUAUAUCAAUGUAUUUAUUAGAUUAAUUGUGUACUGGACAAGUCAACAACAAGACUUCUGUAAGCGCUAUAGGAUGGGGUUUCUGACGUACGUUCGCGCUGUUGUUGUACGCUUGCUGUUUGCCUGUCACGGGAUAGUGGCCAUCUGGCGUCUCUACAUGGUUACCGGUAGUGUAUGGAGCUGGUAUCUGAGUGGCGCCCUCUUCCUUUUGUUCCUCGAAACACUCGUUACCAUCGCGAAAAAAAGAGGCCACGAAUGGAAAUGGUUCUGUCCAAGUGUUUUCUUCUAUCUCUGCAGUGUUGUACCUGCAAUAUGGUUUUUAGAACUUCAUGAAAUGGAAGAAAGAAUUACAGUGAGGGAGUCACCGGCAAGCAACUCCACCAACCUCACCAUCGAACCCAGCGGGAGAAACAGUUCCAAAGAGUCGCUUGAUCUUAACUUGGAAGAGUUAGGUCUGAAUAUUUCGAUUCCAAUUGCGAUAAGCGCAGACCUGUGGCUGCGUGUCCUGGAGCAGUUUCUGCUACUGAUGCUAAUAGUGGGUCGGUGGAUCCUACCCAAAGGCUCCAUCUCGCACGACCAGCUCUCACAGCUACUUCUCGUGUACGUGGGAACCGCGGCAGACAUCGUCGAGUUCUAUGAGGCCUUCAGCGAGAACGAGGUGAAGUACAACCGAAUGCUUUGCUACAUCAUUCUGGGUAUCUGGACAUUGUCGUUACUGCAGUUUACACUUGUGCUGACCGCCAGCAAGGCGCGCCGGGAUCAGAUUGGUCUGCCGCUGCAGAUACGGGACGACUCCGAUCAGGACGGCUGUUGCAAUCCUGAGCUGUACGGCAUCGUCACGUCCAUUAUGCUGCAAGACCUUCCGUUCCUGUGUGUCAGGCUCAUACUCAUUUUUUGGUUUCAUGUUGUUUCAUACACAAACAUGUUUUUCACAUCUAAGAAUUCUUUAGUCAUUAUUUUACUCAUUUACCGAUUGAUCGUUGUUCACGGUGAAGCGCAAAAGCGAAGAAAAAAGCAUCGCCAGCCGUUGAAAUCGCAUUCAAACCAGAAUGCAAAUGGGAACAAACAGUUGAAGCAAAUAAGAGACAAUGGUCGGUCCAGGAGUACUCCGAAUGUCUGUCAAACCGCUGUGAACGAUUCUUUGCCGAUGCAUUUGAAAAAAAAGACGGAAUGUCAAAAGAAAGGUAGCACUUCUACUUUAACAUUGCCCACAAUUUACUCUUCCGAUCCUAGUUUGAGGAAUUUGGAAAGGUAUCGCAGAAAAAGUGGAACACCAAAUUUACUGUAUAACGCAGAAUAGGCGUGUUAUGAUAUGACGAUACUGUAUGGUUAGAAACAGAAACUAAAACUCGAUGUUGUAAACGCCUUGUUGUUGCUGUUGUUGUUAUAAUAUUUUAUGUUUGAAAUAUUCGUUUUAUAAGUCCAAUAGCACAUUGUUGGAGUAUUUACUAUCGACCACUCGCCAUUUGACCUAAUGUUCUUUCCCAACCGUUGUGUUGAAUUUAAUAUGUCAUGCUUAAACAUAUUUUAUUUUGUAUGAUAUGUAAUUGCUUAAAUGUCUAUUGUUGUGUAAUGCUAGUGUGGCAUAUUUUGUUAAGUAAGGUAGCUUAAGUGAAGAACAUAAACACAAUACAGUAGUAUUACACACUAGUAUAUUCGGCAAAUAUGCAUGUAAUGACGUCUUAUAACGUAGACAAUAUAUUUAAUUUACUAUAUAAUAUUUACUGUAUGUCUUAAAUCCUGACAGACACAUGGGACAACUUUUUUCAUCGUUAAAGGGACCUUUUCACAGAUUUUGACAUGUAUUGAAGUUUGUCAUUAAAUGCUUUAUAUUGAUAACUGUAAACAUUAGAUCUAAAAAGCUCCAGUAAAACACAAGAAUAAAAUUAAAGAAUGAAAAAAGUAACCCUCCAAUGGGCUCGAACCACUGACCCCUGGAGUAAAAGUCUAACGCAUAGGAUACUUGGCCAUCCGUGCUCUUACAAUGAAUGAUGUAUUAUAUACUUUAUAUAAGCAAUCCUCGUAGUGUCACAAAAUAUAACGACAACAACAGAACUCUUUCAGGUUAUUAAAUCGUCAAAAGAUGCAUAUAAUGAAUAUUUUAGAGCAUGGUAAAUGUUCAGUAUUACUGUUUCCUCACAAAUACCAUAACUACAACGAAAAUGUGCGACUCUGGAACAUUUUUUAAGAUUUUGUAAAUUUACCAAAACGUGAAAACGUCCCUAUAAGAUCGCGAUUA